AUGAAAGUGUACGGUUAUUUGUUAAAGCAAGAGAUUUACCAAAUUAUUUACGUGCAGGAUGUCUUUUCGCAAUAUGAAGAAUUUUUGGCUACCGUUACGAGGGUGUUCGAUCCGAAGGUGCUCUUUCUUACCGUCAUACCGAUCGUAGCCGGUCUCAGCACGACAUUGUAUUCCAAAUUACUGCUCAGUGUGCUCCUGACGGAGUAUGCCAACACAAUCGUCAAAUGGAUACUCGCAGAAGAUCGCCCGUUCUGGUGGUUAAACGAGACGAAAGAGUUCUCUUCACUGAACCGUCCAAAAAUUUAUCAAAACGAGCUAACCUGUGAACCAAGCCCGGGUAAUCCGUCCGGUCAUCUGAUGACCUCCACGACCUAUCUCUUUGUGAUAUUCUCGGUGCUAGAGGAAUAUUUCCAGAAAUAUGGAAGGUUCGCAAGGGUUUCACUGCGCACCGCGUACUACAGCACACUGUUUUUCAUCUCCAUUUCACGGAUGUAUUUCGGAUGCCACUUUCUGCACCAGUGCAUCUUUGGAAUCCUUCUCGGCAUUGUUAUGAGCAAAGUGUGCCUUUCGCAUCGGAUGGAAAAAUACAUUGCGAAGCAAUCAUGCAAGCGUAGGGUUGGAUUCGUCAUAUGCUUAUGCUUGCUAGUGAUAUCCUUGUACUGGGCCCAAAAGCUAUUGGGAAUCGAUCCGCAAUGGGCGGUAAAGAUGGCCUUCAAGUGGUGCGAAGAUCCUUUCUAUUUGAAGCCAACCACUACACUAGUGUUCAGCGCACUACGCCUUACAGGGUCAUUAUUCGCUUUGGCUGUAGUAGGACCUAUUCUAAAAGCUAAACCUCUAAACAUGAAGCUCAGCAUUCCGAUGGUGUUUGCGCUGAUGGCGUUCGAGUGGAUAGCGCUAGACUACGCGCCACGUAAUUAUGGAGUGGUUGUGUACUUUUUAUCAAGCUUCCUGCUAUACUUCCUCUUCACCUACGCCUACCUACGCUGGGUACCUGCACUUGCCGGGCAAGAGAUUCGCGUAUCACGGAGUGAUAGAAAGUCUAAAUCUAACUAAAACACUAGCGUAAAAUACAGAUGCAAGCAAAGAAACAAGCAACUGUCAAGGGACUUUUUCAAACAGAUCGCCUGUAAGCUCAACAGAAAACGCUUUUCUAAAGUGCUUUCCAUUUACUUCAUCCAUCACAUAUCAACCAAUAGCAAGGUAGCCAGGGGGACAGAUGUUUAGCUGGUCUGGAACUCAAACGGAAACAUACAAAAGCAAGCAAAUGGCACGCACAAACCGCCAACAACUAAGAAGUCUACAGUUGCCUCGCAAAAAAACACUUACUCGCCUAAACUAACGGCUGAAAUUUGUUCUCUAUCUAUACUGUACUCUCUAAAGAUGCAUACAUAAUUGUUUACCAAGGAAUUUUUCAUAAACUAUUCAAGUAAUCGCUUGU